CGGGCUGGGCGCUGCGUCCCUCCCGCCGCGGCUGCCAGCGCCGCCGGCACCAUGGGCUGCUGCUGCCGCCUGCUCUUCCUCGCCCUCCUCCUCCUCCCGGCGGGACUGGGCCAUGACUCCCCAGAGCCACCCCUCAUCCCCAUCCACCCCCCCUUGCUCUGGGGGGGUGUCCCAGUGAAACCAGACUCCAGGGAUGGCCCCACACUGGCUCCAGGCCAGCCCCAGCUGCCCUUGUCCACGGGACCCUCCAGAGAUGGGACACCCUCCAGGCCCCUGGAGGGGGAUGGCCACAAUGCCAGCACCCCGGUGGCAGCACUGCCCCCUGCUCCUGUCCCUGUGAGUGCCAUGGCCACAGCAGAAGGUCCCUCCGUGGCCUCCAGCCCCAGCUCGGUGCCAGCCGCCCCGGAGGCUCCCCGGACAGCAAACCCUGCCAGCCUGGCAAGAAGCACCCUGGAUUUGGGGGCAGCUGCCAGCCCCACAGAGCUGGCUGUGCCAUCACCUGCCCCCUCCCUUCCCAGCAGCCAGCCCACCUCACCCCCCGGGACGGGCCUGUCCCCGACACCUGUCCUCGUGAGCCCGGCCGUGACCCAGCCACCACUGCUGGCCAAGGAUGUCCCUUCCCUGGGGACACUGGCCAUGGCACCGAGCCUGGCCACGGAGCCAACAUCCCCCCCAGUGACUGUGAUGAGCCCCACGGAAGCCCAGGCCACGGCCUCAGAGAAAACCACCGGGGUCACCAUGGAGGAGGUACCACGUGCCCUGAGUGCAGGCAGCAUUGUGGCCAUAACCGUGACGGUCAUCGUGGUGGUGGUGCUGGUGUUCGGGGCAGCUGCCUACCUCAAGAUCAGGCACUCCUCCUAUGGAAGGCUUCUGGAUGACCAUGACUACGGCUCCUGGGGCAACUACAACAACCCCCUGUACGAUGAUUCCUAGCAGGGAUGAAGCCAAAAACCCCAAAAACCUUUAAUUUAUAAGUAAGCGCUUCUGCAGCAGAGCAUCCACUGUCGAGGAGAUGCCGGGCACGGAGCCCCUGCCUCAGGCAGGAUCACCAUGGGGCUGCUGGAUGGCAGGAACUGGAGGGCAGUGCUGACAAUAAACCUCAAUUUUGGCCUUUGAGCAGGAAA